AUGGGCUUCAUUGACAACUGUGUAGUCAGCAAAGUGUUUGUCGUAGGCGCUGCUUGGGCCUCCAGUGAUGAAACCCGCCUGGUUAAGACCCUCUUCACGGGCUACAACAAGGUCGUUCGUCCCGUCAAUCACUUCAGGGACCCGGUGGUCGUUACGGUUGGCCUUCAGCUCAUUCAGCUCAUCAGCGUGGACGAGGUCAACCAGAUCGUCAGCAGCAACGUGAGACUGAAACAGCAAUGGAAGGAUGUGAACUUGCAGUGGGACCCAGAGGAAUAUGGUGGCAUCACAAAGAUCAGAGUCCCGUCUACUGACAUUUGGCGGCCUGAUCUGGUUCUUUACAAUAAUGCUGACGGUGACUUUGCUAUCGUUCACGAGACAAAAGUGCUGCUGGAGCACACUGGCAUGAUCACGUGGAAUCCCCCUGCCAUCUUUAAGAGCUACUGUGAGAUCAUUGUGCUGCAUUUCCCAUUUGAUCUCCAGAACUGCACGAUGAAGCUGGGUACCUGGACUUACGAUGGCAACUUGGUCGUCGUCAAUCCGGACACCGACCGCCCUGACCUCAGUAACUUCAUGGAGAGCGGAGAGUGGGUGAUGAAGGAUUAUCGCGGCUGGAAGCACUGGGUGUACUAUUCCUGCUGCCCAGAUACCCCGUACCUGGACAUCACCUACCACUUCCUGAUGCUGCGCCUGCCCCUCUACUUCAUCGUCAAUGUUAUCAUCCCCUGCAUGCUUUUCUCCUUCCUAACUGGCCUGGUCUUCUAUCUUCCUACGGAUUCUGGUGAGAAGAUGACUCUCAGCAUCUCCGUUUUGCUAUCCCUGACUGUCUUCCUGCUGGUCAUCGUGGAGCUGAUCCCUUCCACCUCCAGUGCUGUACCGCUCAUCGGAAAGUACAUGCUCUUCACCAUGGUCUUCGUCAUUGCCUCCAUCAUCAUUACCGUCAUUGUCAUCAACACCCACCACCGGUCGCCCAGCACUCACACCAUGCCUGACUGGGUCCGCAAGAUUUUCAUCCAAACCAUCCCGAACAUCAUGUUCUUUUCAACAAUGAAGCGGCCAAGCAAGGAAAAGCAGAGCAAAAGCCACUACAACGCCGACUAUGACGUCUCCGACAUCUCUGGCAAGCCCACCCCUGCUACCAUGACCUACCAGUCGCCCAUUACCAAGAAUCCUGACGUGCGCAGUGCCAUCGAAGGGGUCAAGUACAUUGCAGAAACCAUGAGAUCAGAUGAGGAAUCCAAUAAUGCUGCGGAAGAGUGGAAGUUUGUUGCCAUGGUGUUGGAUCACAUCCUGCUGUGCGUGUUCAUGGCAGUGUGUCUCAUUGGCACAUUAGCAGUGUUUGCAGGUCGUCUGAUUGAGCUGAGCAGGCUCUAG